AUGUCAGAAGGAGGUUGGAAUACAAUUGACUCCGAUGCAGGAGUCUUCACCGAAUUAGUUGAGAAACUAGGAGUUCAAAACAUCGAAUUCAACGAUCUAUAUUCAAUCGACUCAUCAUCACUCCAUUCCCUCGCUCCAAUCCACGGAGUAAUCUUCUUAUUCAAAUAUGGAAAACUCGACCGACAAUUCGCCCAACAAGACAAUAAACCAAUCCAUGGCACCUAUGACCCAAACUACAUUGACAAUCAAAUCUUCUUUGCCCAACAAACGAUAAAUAACGCCUGUGCAACCCAAGCCGUCCUAAACGUCCUCUUCAACCUGGAAGGAAUCGAUCUCGGCCAAGAAUUGGAUAAUUUCAAACAAUUCGUCACUGGAUUCGAUAGUGAUAUGAUUGGGGAAACGAUUUCAAAUAGUGAUUUGAUUAGGACUAUACAUAAUUCAUUCUCGGCUCCGAGUAUGUUAGUGGAUGAGGAUAAACCGAAUCGAAAUCCUGAUGAGGAUGAUAAGAAUGACGGAUUGUUUCAUUUUGUGGGAUAUGUUUAUAAACAGGGCAAGAUUUAUGAAUUGGAUGGGUUGAAAUCUUAUCCUAUUGUGCAUGGAGAUUGUGGGUCUCAAGAGGAGUUUAUUGAAAAGUUGCCGGGGAUCAUACAGGAACGGAUUGGGAAAUAUGGGAAUGAUGAAUUGAGGUUUUCAUUAUUGGCAGUGACUAACAAUAAGUUGGAAGCAGCUAGAGAAAUCGGUGAUGAUGAAGAGAUUCAACGUCAAAUGCAUAAACGAGAAGUAUGGCAUCAUGAGAAUGAGUUAAGGAAACAUGAUUAUACUGGAUUGAUUGUACAAUUGUUAAAGAAUAUUAGUAAGGAGAAGACUGAUGAAGAAUGGGAAGAAUUAUUGAAAAAGGGUAGAAAACAAACUCAGAAUUUACUUGCUCAAAGAAUUGCCAAAUCCCAGAAAUGA